AUGGAUUUUAAAGUAAUUUAAAAACUCCUCUAAAUCAAUUUUGCCAAACAUUCAGGAUUACAUUUUUAAAGGUUUUUUAGGUUGAGGAGCUUAUGGAGAAGUCCUUUUGGCAUAAAAAAUAACAAGUAAUCAAUAAGAAUCAAUAAAAAUGAUCAAAAAAAUUGUUAACAAGAGAAUUCAAUUCAUUAAGAAUUACUUGAAAUGAUAAUAAUACUAAGCUGA